AUGGCAGAUGGUGUUAAUGAUGGUCGAACAAUUGACGAAAUGUUCAAGUCUUGGUUCAAGGCUGACAAAGGUCCUUGUCAAACGAUGGAUACUGUUAGAUUAGACACUGUGUACGAUAUCGAUGUUGUAUAUGAGCAGCAGCUAGGAACAAACCCGCGGGCCAAGGACUGGCUAAAGGCCACUUACGUUGACAAAGGUAAUCUGGGCGCGAAGGCUGGCAAAGGGGAUAGGGGGGGGGACUUCGGGCUCCUAAAAAAAGGACUCGGAGGGUUAUAG